UCCGACUAAGCUGACUCUUCCCUCUUCAGCGCAACUCGGAGCUGCCGGUAUUAUUGAUCUCUGCUUGUUAUUCGUGUGCGAGUUCGAAGGCGGUUUCUCCUUGAGCUGAAGGUGAAUCAGUCGUCAGUCAGUGAAUAGACGGGCAUGGGCAGGCAAAAGGGAGACGCUGGUAGAAGCAAGGCUCGUCCUUCCAGCAGCAGUCUCGCUGCAUCACUUUUGCCUGCGGAUUCCACUGCUUCAGUGGGGUUUGGUGGUUAUGUUGGAAGCUCUCGCCUUCAUUCUUCCCUUGCUGGGAGUAGGGACGACGCUAGUCCAUAUUCUGACAUUGAUAGUGAAUUGGCACAACACCUGAAGAGACUUGCUAGAAAGGAUCCCACCACCAAGCUUAAAGCGCUAGCAUCUUUAUCUGAGUUGUUCAAGCAAAAGUCUGGGAAGGACAUAUUACCAGCCAUUCCGCAAUGGGGUUUUGAGUAUAAGAGGCUGCUGCUGGACUAUAAUAGAGAGGUUCGACGUGCCACUGGUGAUGCUAUGGCCCAAUUAGUUAUUGCUGUUGGGAGAGACUUGGCUCCACAUUUAAAGUCUUUGAUGGGACCAUGGUGGUUUUCUCAGUUUGAUACUGUUCCUGAAGCUUCCCAGGCUGCCAAGCAUUCAUUGCAGGCAGCCUUUCCAGCACCUGAAAAGAGGCUAGAUGCAUUGAUUUUAUGUACAACAGAAAUAUUUACAUAUCUAGAAGAAAAUCUGAAGCUGACACCACAAGAUUUGUCUGACAAAGCAUCUGCACCAGAUGAAUUGAAAGAGAUGCAUCAACAGGUGAUAUCUUCCUCCAUGCUGGCAUUGGCAACACUUCUUGAUGUUUUGAUUUCUUUGCAAUCUGAAAGACCUGGUUUUGAAAAUAUAGCUGCUGAACCAAAGCAUGCUGCAAAGGCCAGGGCCAUAACCAAUACUUUUGCGGAGAAGUUGUUUUCCAAUCACAGAUGUUUCUUAGACUUCCUAAAGUCCCAAAGUUCUGCUAUUAGGUCAGCAGCAUAUUCUGUAUUAAAGAGUUUCAUGAAAAAUAUGCCUCAUGUUUUUAUUGAAGAAAAUGUAAGAACACUUUCACCUGUAGUGCUGGGUGCCUUUCAAGAAAAGGAUCCUACCUGUCAUCCGUCAAUGUGGGAAGUAAUCUUAUUAUUUUCUAGAAGAUUUCCCAAUUGUUGGACAUACUUGAAUGUUCAGAAAAUUGUUAUGAGUCGGUUUUGGCAUUUUCUCCGGAAUGGGUGCUUUGGGUCUCACCAGGUUUCCUAUCCUGCUUUGGUUAUAUUCUUGGAUUCUGUGCCUCCAAAAGCGAUAGAGGGAGAAAGGUUUCUACAAGAUUUCUUUCUGAACUUUUGGACCGGAAGAAAUGCAUCUCUUUCCUCAAAUGCAGAUAGACUCGCAUUCUUUCAGGCUUUUAAAGAAUGCUUUCUUUGGGCAUUACAUAAUUUAUCAAGGUACCUUGAUGGAGUGGAUUCUAUUUCUCCUGCUCGAGCCAUUCUUGUGGAGAAUAUUCUUGUAAAGCUUUUGUGGGAAGAUUUUGUGCAUUUUCCUCUCCCAAACGAUAAAAAAAGAAUUUUCCCGGGAAUAUCUUGUGAAACAUCAGAUGACAGCAAUCUUUCUGUGCAAAGGACUGAAGAUGCCUCAAUUUUCAAGCACCCAGUUAAUUAUAUACAUGAAUUAGGGAAGUGUAUCAUAGGCAUUCUUUCGGGUAUUGCUUUGGUGGAAAAUGACCUGCCCUCUGUUUUUGGCUCAACCUUUCAAGAGACAUGUCAGCAGAUGUUAAUGCAUUCUGGAAAUGGUGAAGGACCUGAAAUCAUUGAGCAGCUGAUUCAAUUUUUGUCAUUAUUGGAGCAACAUGCUAUGAGAAAAGGUGAAACAUGGCCCCUUGUUCAAGUUCUGGGGCCGACCGUGGCCAAGCAUUUCUCAUCAAUUAAAUCAAUUGAUGCACCAAAUGGAGUGAGAUUUCUAUCAGCUGCAGUUACAGUAUUUGGAGCUCGUCAGAUAGUCCACGCAUUAUUGCAUGGCCACAGAAGGACUUUCUGCUCUGAUGAGCAGGAUAAGGCGCUAGAGUCAAAACAAUUUAUGCAUAUAUUCAACGAAAGAUUUGUGCCUUGGUGUUUUGGAAGAAGUGAUAGCGGCACUGCUGCUCGGAUAGAUUUUCUUCUUACACUGCUUGACGAUGAAUGUUUUCCUGAGCAAUGGAGUACUGUUGUGUCAUAUGCAGUUAAACUGGAAACCACUGGAGUUGGUCUUGAUUUGCUGCACCCUGAUUGUGUGGCUGUACUAUCAAUCCUCUUACACAAAGUACGAGGUGAAAUUACAAGGUGUAAAAGGAAAAGGUGUGAUUACUCCCAACAUUCUAAUGCAAAUUGCUGGCAUAACAAGCUUCUAGAUUCGGCUGCUGUUGCUGUGAUCUCUUCCCUUCCUCCCUUUCAGAAGUCAGCAGCAGAAUUUUUGUGUUCGGCUCUAGGUGGUGCAACUGAAAAUGAUCAAAUUGUGCUGGUGUCUGGAGAUGCAUUUGUCCUAAUAUACAACAAUAUCUUGGAGAAACUGAUUGAUUUUAUUCUUGUUUCACCACUGACAUGGGUAAAAGAAGCUGGCUGUUUGCUGAGGAUCAGAGAAACAAAUGUAGAGCCGAAGGAUGAAAGCUUUGGCAACAGGAUUGAGAUGGCAAAAUUUGCUCUUGACGUUCUCUCUGGUAGCUUGUAUGCCUUGACAAAGCUUGAUGAGGAAAGUGAACUACCAACACAUAUUUUAGCAGCAGUUUUCAUUAUCAGUUGGGAGUGCAGCAUAGAAGGUUUAUUGGAUGAAGCACUCAGUUAUGAACUGGACAACAUGAAGGCCAGAUUUGAUAGUAGCAAAACUGUGCAGUCGUUAUGUUCUAAGAUAAACAAAAUUUUUUGUCAAAAUCUUGGUGUUCACUCUCGCAAGAAUGUGAGGAUUAUAUUGGCCCAGUCUAUCAGGUGUACCAUUUUCAGGGAACAGAAAUUAGAUCCUGACAAACUUACAGCCUUGUGCUGCACAUGGAUGCUUGCAAUUGUUGAUUGUUUUUGUCAGGAUGAAGAUGAGGAACAACAUCUAUUAGAACAGCUUCUGCACCAGGGAGAUGGAUGGCCUUUGUGGUGCUCAGAGGAUGUCUUUAUAGGAUUAGCCUACCAAAAAAGUGAAAAGACUUUCCUCCAUAGAAAUGUAUCCGAAAGCAAUAGGUUUGUCUCUCUUGUUGACAAGCUUAUCCAGAAAAGGGGGAUUGGUAGAGUUAUAGGCGGUUCUAUUUUAGAUCCACACUGUACUUCUGGCAGAACAGUGAACUUCACUUCUCGUGCAUGGCUUGCUGCUGAAAUAUUAUGUACAUGGGAGUGGCCGGGAGGCAGUGCUGUCACUUCUUUCCUACCAAUGCUCAGUUUGUAUGCCAAGAAUGAUGCAAAUCCUUUACAAGAAGAUGGUUUGUUGGAUUCCAUUCUUGAUAUUUUACUGGACGCUGCUUUGGUCCAAGAAAAAACUGAAGCACAUAAUUUCUCCGAUGCCUGGAUUGCCCCUCUUGAAGGGCUGGAACAUACUGAAGAACCUUUCUUGAGGGCUCUUAUAUCUUUACUUGCAACAUUUUUCAGACAUAACAUAUGGGGAAGUGAUAAAGCUAAAAUCCUGUUUGAACUGCUUGUCUCAAAGCUUUUCAUUGGUGAAACUGUCAACAUUCACUGCCUGAGGAUUCUUCCUCCUAUUGUGAGUGCUCUUGUGCAACCCAUUUUUCAAAGCAAGAAAGAAUUAAAUGAGGAAUUACAAGCUCCAUUUCCAGGAGAAGAUAAAGUGCAGAUUACUAUAAUUCACUGGCUAGAAAGAGCACUUUCAUUUCCACCUCUACUCACAUGGCACUCUGGACAAGAUAUGGAGGAAUGGUUGCUGUUGGUCAUAUCUUGUUAUCCAAUGAAUGUAUCCGACAGAUUAAAAGCACCAAAGCCAGAGUGGAUGAUCAGCAUCAAGGAGAGAACUCUUUUACUUGAUUUAUUCCGGAAGCAGAGGCUAGGCAUUGGCGUGCUAACUGCUUGUGAUCACCUGGAAUCGUCUCAGAUGCUGUUGUCAAGGCUAGUAGCGAUUUCGUCCUGUUAUUGUGGGGACGAUUUUGCUGAAGAAGAUUGGGAUUUUGUACUAUCCCAGGUGAAGCUUUGGAUCCAAUUGGCUGUUGUGAUGAUGGAGGAUGUCGCCGAAAAUGUCAAUGAUCUUAUAAGUAACCUAUCCACUGGUGACUACUUAGAUAAUGUUGUUAGUAAGAUAGAGAACAUAGUCUUCAUCAAGGACCAGUUCCAUGUAAACAUAGCCAGAAAUGCUAUUCUAGCAUUCAUCUCUUUCUCUAGACUCCAGGAGGUGAAAGAUGUGAAUAAUCUGUCUUCCCUAGCUGCAGAAAGAUGGGAUACCAUUAAGGAUAGGAUUCUAGAGGCCAUCCUUCGCUUAUUCUUCUGCACUGGUCUUGCCGAGGCUAUUGCUCAUUCCUAUUCUUCUGAGGGUGCUUCCAUAGUGGCAUCGUCCCGCCUUCACAAUCUCUUCUUCUGGAACUUGGUGGCUUGGGGUGCCACUGGGUCUUCGCCACAGUGUAGAGACAGAGCAGUGAAAUCAGUAGAUUUCUGGGCACUGGGCAGGGGUUCUAUCAGUUCUCUUUAUGCCAUUCUGUUUUCCUCCACUCCUGUACCUGCUAUGCAGUUUGCAGGUUAUGUUAUUCUUUCUACUGAACCUGUUGCUUCCGUGGCUAUUGGAGAAUAUGUCACUUCUAAUAUGGAGUGUGACAAGGACUCGGGCAAUGUCGAUCUUUUGUCAGAGCAAAAUGUGCAUCUGAGGAAAGAAAUAUCUUGCAUGAUUGAGAAGUCACCAUAUGAGAUUCUUGAAAUGGAUUUGCUGGCACCAGAAAGGGUGCACAUACUUCUGUCUUGGUGUAUAUUACUGUCGCAUCUAUGGUCCUUACCGCUGUCCUCACCUAAAAGAGAGAGAUUGGUUCAGCAUAUUCAGAACUCUGCUAAUACGGUUAUUUUAGAUUGCCUUUUCCAGCACCUCUUUUUGGAGUUCGAUACAGUACCUAAUCUGAGAAAGAGAGAAAAAGAGCUCCCUGCUGGGGUAUGUGAGGCUGCAAAUGUGGCAAAUGAAGCUAUACUAACAGGUUCAGUGCUGUCUAUAGUUGAAUCAUUCUGGCCAGUUCAACAACAAAAGAUGACUUUGCUUGCUGGAGCAAUAUUUGGCAUGAUGGUUCGUCUUCUUCCGGCAUAUGUCCGAGGGUGGUUCAGUAAUUUGCGUGAUCGGUCUACAUCAUCUGCUGUUGAAUCCUUUACAAGAACAUGGUGCAGUCCUCCUCUGAUUGCAAAUGAAUUAUCCCAGAUUAAGAAAGCUAGCUUUGUUGAUGAAAAUUUUUCAGUCAGUGUUAGCAAAGCAGCAAAUGAAGUGGUUGCAACCUAUACGAAGGACGAGACCGGAGUUGAUCUGGUUAUUCGUCUUCCUGCAUCUUACCCUCUAAGGGCCGUAGAUGUUGAUUGUACAAGGAGCCUUGGAAUUAGUGAGCUAAAGCAGAGGAAGUGGUUGAUGUCUAUGAUGUUGUUCCUCAGCAAUCAGAAUGGAGCUAUAGCCGAAGCUAUACGAAUAUGGAAAUGCAACUUUGACAAGGAAUUUGAAGGUGUGGAGGAAUGCCCUAUCUGUUACAGUGUGAUACACACGGCGAACCACAGCCUUCCUCGUGUUGCGUGCAAAACGUGCAAGCACAAGUAUCACUCUGCUUGCCUGAAUAAGUGGUUCUCGACUUCAAACAAGAGAAAUUGCCCCUUGUGCCAGUCCUUAUUUUGAAGUGGAAGAGGUUCUGUAUGUGACCUUGGAGGGUAUUGCUGAUCAAGCUUUCACUAGUUGUUGGGAGCUUCAAGAUAUCAGAACCAUGAGUAUGAAGCCGCUGGUGGCCUAUUCAGUUAUCAUCAUCAUGAUACGCGAGCAAUUGCAAGCUGCAUUUGUCACCUACGAUACAAUACCUCCUCAGAUGUUGGAAAUCAAAUGCUCUCAUUAGGUCCCACUUACCUGAGAAGAAUUGCACCUCAAGCAGCUGAGGACUUUGGUUCUUUGUGGUAUCUGGGUUGGUAGCUUUGUUAGAAUCCUCGUGUGUACUUUUUCUGCUUUGUAAAUAAAAUAUGUUAGCCAGUCACGGAAUUUUUGUAGUUUCCCUAAAUGUGCCUGUGUUGUGGUAGAGGAUAGUAGUUUUCCAAAACUGGUUGACCUAGUUGACCUUUUCGGCCCAAUUGACUCACUUAUUAUGGUUGAACCGGUUAUUUCGAGAAAAAUAAAAUUUCCCCAAUUUUUGGCUAGAAAAA